AUGAAAUAUGUGAACGAGUGUAUCCUGAAGCCUUUCGAACAAAUAUUCCAAGCUCUGGUCAGAGGAUUCGGCAUGAUAUCAGACACAAAUGCAUUGGAACAUCUGAGGUUGGCACUUCAGAAUGACCAACCAGUUGUGAACGAUGUUACACCAAAGGAACCAACUCUUUUCGCUGAGCCAGAGACAGUUGGAAUAGUGGUGAAUGAAGAGAUUGCCAUAGAGAAGGACAGGUUGAGUGAAGAGCUACAGAAUACAAAGGAGAAGUUGACCAAGGCUAUGAAUGACAAGUCUGAAUGGGAGGCGACGGUUCAUGCGAUGGAACAAGAACUUGAUGUCAUUAGGAGAUUAAGGUAAUUUUUGGUUUUGGUUAAAUAAAGUUUUUUGAUAUAUAUGUAAUCGUACUUAAGGCAAAAAUUAUAAUUGUACUAUACAGAGAUGCUAGUAACGGGUAAGAUGUUGAAGCAAGAUUACUCCAGACUGAACGAGCCCUGUGCCAAAUGUGAAUCCCUGAACGAAGCCUUAUUGGCUACACAGUUAACCUUCGAAGAGCAGAUGCGGGAACGUAUGAUAGAUUGGCAGAUCAGAGUCGAGAGUUGGAGAAGCAAAGAGAGGAGAUCCACAAGCUCAAGUUCAGCGGAUCGACCAGUCCAAUAUCAUCGACCGGAGAGACACCGCCGAGAGAAAACUCCUUCAAACGAGUAAGUGUACUGCAACAUAUGUAGAUAGUAAAAUGAACUCGUUUCUUGAGAAGGUAAUUAGUGUACUGAUGAUAGUGAUAUUUCUUAAAAAAGGAUGAUCUAAUAAAUAGUGAAACAUUACUAUUUUCAGAACAUACGACGAAUGGUGGGCAAGUGA